AUGUAGCUUUGAGUAGAAAUAAAAGAAAACGAGAAUGACCACGAAAAGCAACAGAAGCUUUGUUAAUUGACUAACUGUUCAAAUAAUUUUUUUACUUGUACAGUUUUGUAUUGUUACUUAACAAAAAUUAUAUCUUUACUUGUCAAUUCAUAAUAUUUUGUCUAGAAAAUUAAACUUUUUCAAUGAGAAUUUAAUGAAAAUACUUAGCAAAAAUUCGUCUGUUUCUCAAGCUUCAGAAUGAGGCAAAAUACACUUUCUCGCAUAAGCAGUAAAAAUGAAACUUUAACAAAAAUUUUAAUUAUAGAGAAAUAUGAAUUUAAUUGAGCACUCAAUAUAUUUAUUAAACAUACGACUUAUUUAUUGAGCAUCGAAAAUUAACUUAGCAUUUAUAUAGUAGUUUUACUUAGCACUUUAAUCAGAUGCAAUGCAAAAGUCUUUGCACAAAUGUUCAGUUAUAUUUUGAAUGGAUAAAUACGUGUUAAGUUGAACAGUUUUUGAUUAACUGAUAGAUCAUUCUUUCUUCUUUUCGAACGAUAUAUGACUAUUUCUCACUAGUUGUUGAAACAGAAAUGACAUGUGACGAAAGAGAGGCACUAUCACGACGCAUUUGCAACUUUUAUUGCAAAUCUUUUCAUAAAUCUGUAAAAACUACAGUAAAUUAUGUUAUAAAACAAAAUAUUUCACGAAGAAGCAUUUAUUAUAUAAUGAAUCAGUAUUGAAAAUGUAUAACUACAAAAGAUGAGUUAAACAAGCUAUUCGUCAAGACACGUAUCUGAAUGAAUGUAUUAACAAAAGACUUCUUCCUUUCAUUGAAAAAUAUCAUCAGAAUGUAAAUCAUCUCUUCAGACCUGAUUUGGCCAAUGCUCAUUAUUUCAAAUCUGUGCAAGAACAUUUGAACGAGAAAAAUGUACCAUUUGUUAUUUGUAAAGACAAACUCUCAGAGAUACCAUAAGCUCGUCCAAUCGAAACAGUUUGGAUUCUAUUCGAACGAAAAAUGUAUGAGAACAAUUGAGAAACAAAAAGCUUGAAUGUGUUAACGCGAAGAAUCAAAAGAAUUUGAUCUAAAAAUAUUGUAUUGAGGGUGUUCGAAAAAUGCUUCGAGCUAUAUGAUGAAGAAAACUGUAUUCUGUUUUAGGCACAAAGUUUUUUGUAGUAUUUUUCGUGUUCUUUCUAAUGAAAAAAAAGAAUACGUUCUUUAGCUUGUAAAAUGGUUGAACUGUAAAGUUCGACCUUUGUGCAAAGACUUUUGUUAAAUGCCAUUACAUAUUGAUCAACGAAAUAUUUUACGUUUAGUGGUUGGAAACAUAUAUUACUGAUCUAUCGUCGAAGACGAUUACAAAAGAAAAUAAAUUAAUAACAACAACAUUUGGCUACUCUCUACCAAUAUGGCCACGAAAAAUAUCAAACAAUGUGUUUGAUCAAUGGCCACUACCAAUACCGAGAAAAAAUUUACAAGAAAAUAUGUCUUUAGGAAUGUUAUGUCGUAGAUUAAUCUGGCAUUUACUAAAUCCAAAUCAAAAUCUACCAGAUUCAUUGCUUCCAAAAAUAUCUACUCCUUCGAAACAAAUUCAACAAAAACAAAAAACAAUGAUUUUCGAUCGAUCAAUAAAUUUAGAAGAAUUUACUGUUGUAUGGUUCAAUGCAGAUACUAACUCAACUAAUGAAGAUCAAAGAAUGUCUCGCAUACAAUUACGUGGAAUCAUUGAUUAUGUUCAAUAUUUUCAUGAGUUGAAUAAAUGCAAUGAAUAUAUACAACAAAUGAAAGAUACUAAGAUCUUUCUCAUUGUUUCUACGGAAUAUGCACAAAAUAUUCUUGAAUAUGUAUGUAAUCUUCAACAAGUACAUUCUAUCUAUAUUUAUAGUAGCUUAACAAACGAUACAAAAUUGACAAAAAAUGUUGACAAGAUAAAAGGAAUUUACACAAAUUUCAAUCAAUUAACUACAGAUUUAUCAAAAGAUGUCAAGGCAUUGUCAAGACUUUCUCGAAUGUUACCUCAACAAUUAGUAAAUAAAUUAAGAAUUUAUUAUGAAGGUAAUUCAAUAACACAAGAUCUUUUAAAUGAAUUUGAACAAACAUAUGAAUCAAAUCGUGCUAUUUGGUGGUAUACAAGAGAUUGUUUUCUUUAUCGAAUGCUCAAUAGAGCAUUACGACAACAAAAUAUUAAAGCAAUAUUUCUCUUUGGAUUUUUCAUUGUUGAUUUAUUUAAACAAAUAAAACAAAUCAAUCAAUUCUAUUUUAAUUCAUCAUCAAUACGAGUUUAUCGAGGACAGUUAAUGUUUCAAAAAGAAGUUAAGCGAAUACUGUCAAGUAUUGCUGGUGGAUUAGAUAGAGAAGGUAGUUGUUAUGGUCCAUUGGAUGUAUGUGUCAAUACAUUUUUUUCAGCUACUCGAAAUCGUGAUGUUGCUUUGAUGUUUGCCGGUCAAGAAUCAUCCAUAUUUUUUAAUAAUGAUUUACAAUCAGUUAUAUUUGAAAUAAAAGUUAAUCUGACACAAAAUGAAACACAAUAUGCUGAUAUAAGUACAAUGAGUGUUAUUGAUGAUGAAGAAGAAUUUUUAUUCUUAGCUGGUUGUGUAUUUCAAAUGACUAGUAUACAUUAUGAUUAUAAUGACAAAAUUUGGAUUAUUAAAAUGAAUGCACUAAAUAAUCAUGAUCGACGUUUAAGACUUGGUUUAAAUGAAUCGCAGAGUACUGGCAUUGAGUUAAUUGGUAUUGGCAAUGCACUAUUCUAUCGUGGAAAUAAGGAAAAAGGAAAGAGAUGGGAUAUUGACAUGAAAGCUAUAAUACAUAAUAUAUACUAUAAUCUUAUAUUACGACAAUUAGAUCCAAAUGAUAUACAUGUACCAGCAUGUUUUGCUGGUCUAGCUAAUAUAUACAGUAUAGAUAACCCUGAUUUGGCUUUUGAAUAUAAAACGAAAGCACUUGUUAUGUAUGAAAAUCAUUUUCCCAAUCAACAUAAUGAUGUAAUUGCAUACAUCUAUAGUCUAUUUGGUGAUAUUUUUUGGUUUGAUGAUGAAUAUGAUCUAGCACUUUAUUAUUAUAAAAAAUAUCUAUCAUACGAUGUAUCUUAUCGUAUUAUAAAAAAUAUUUCACUUAUUUGGGAUGAUCCAGCCAUACAGAUUGCAUAUAUUUAUAAAAUAAUGAAUAAUUUCGAAUGGGCAUGGAAAGCAUUUAAAACAUUUAUCACACCAAAUAUGAUUCAAUCAGAUCCUGAUUAUGUAUGUUCAUGUUACGAAAAACUUUCAUUAACAAAUCAAAUCAAAGCUAAUUAUGAUGUAAGAUUAGAAAGUCAGAAAAAAUUUAUUGAUUUUACUAUGAAUACAAAUGAUAUAAUUAUUUAUUAUUCUCCUAUAGCUGAAGCAUAUUAUAAACUUGGAGAUAAUUGUACAAAAGAAUUAAAUAAUUUUGCAAUUGAAUGUUUUGAAAAAUGUUUAGAAAUACGCAUUAAAUAUGACAAAAUUUCUUGUCAACUUAAACCUCAAUAUGAAUCUGGAACUAUAAAAAAUUGUAUUCAAGAAAUAACAAAUCUAUAUAAGAAAAAUGGUGAAUUGAAUUUAAUAAUUCAAUUUUAUGAAAGAAUACUUUAUUUAUGUACAAUUUAUCAAUCAGAAAAUAUCAAUAAAAUUGCGUUUAUUUAUGAAUUUUGUGCUAAUUUUUAUUUCGAACAAAAUAAUUUUCAUUUAACAAUGGAUUAUUAUAAAAAAGCGAUUAAAUUGAUAAAUAAUCAAGGUAAAAUUCAUUUCGAACAUGAUUUAAGUUCUUCAUGUCAACUUCUUAUACGUUGUUACACCAAUCUUGCUGAGAUUUAUGAAAAACAAGACCAAUAUCUAUUAGCAAUUGAAUCAUAUCAGAAUAUAAUUAAUAUAUAUAUGCAUAAUCCAUUAAAAGAAUGUAUUCAAAUGAUUAUUUAUUUUAGUAAACGUGUAGCUAAUAUUUAUAAAAAACAAAAUGAAUUUCAUUUAGCAAUCGAAUGUUAUCAAAAAGCGAUCGAAUAUUUUUUAAAUGAUAAACAUAUUUUCUUUAACUCUAUACAAGAUUGGUUAAAUUAUAAAACUAAUAGCUUUCCAUAUAAAUAUAGACUUCAAUAUUAUAAAGAAUAUGCUAAUAUCUAUGAAAAAAAUGGUCAUUAUGAUUUAGCUAUUGAAUAUUUAGACAAAACUAUUGAAUAUUUAUUUAAAUUUGAACAUAUAUAUGUUUUUAAAGAUAUUGCAAAUUGUUAUCAAAAUAUUGCAUCGAUUUAUACAAUGAAUAAAGAUUUUGUUUUAGCAAUUCAAUAUUAUAAACUUGCAUUAUCUAUUUAUAAACGAUACGAACCAGAUUUACAUUUAUUUUAUAGAUGGAUACCUCUAAAUGAGACAUAUGACAUAAUAUAUUGUCCUCAUUUUAAAGAUAAACUAACAUUAUCAUUAUCUGAUCACACUAUGAGCUACAAAAGAUAUAGUAUUAGAGAUAUUAGUGAUGUUUAUAAAGAUAUUGCAAUUCUUUAUGAACAAUAUAAUGAUAUGGAAAUGUCAAAUCAUUGGCAUAAUAAAACAAAAGAUAUAUCGAUGAUAUCGACUGAUGAAAUUAUUCAUUCAAUGAUUUAUUGUUACAGACAAAUGGCUAAUCUUUAUGCUGAAAUUGACGAUUAUACUUCUGCUAUUCAAUGUUAUCAAAUAAUUAUUCCAGAAUAUCUUUCCAAAAUUACUAGUAGAGGUAGAAAGAUAACAAAAAUAUUUCCGUUUUAA